AUGGAGCACACGCACGCCCACCUCGCCGCCAACAGCUCGCUGUCCUGGUCCCCCGGCUCGGUCUGCGGCUUGGGCUUCGUGCCCGUGGUCUACUACAGCCUCCUGCUGUGCCUCGGUUUACCAGCAAAUAUCCUGACAGUGAUCAUCCUGUCUCAGCUGGUAGCUAGAAGACAGAAAUCCUCCUACAACUAUCUCUUGGCACUUGCUGCUGCUGACAUCUUGGUCCUCUUUUUCAUUGUGUUUGUGGAUUUCCUCUUGGAAGAUUUCAUCUUGAAUAUGCAGUUGCCUCAAGUGGCCAAUAAGAUCAUAGAAGUGCUGGAAUUCUCAUCCAUCCACACCUCCAUUUGGAUUACUGUUCCAUUAACCAUUGACCGGUAUAUUGCCGUCUGCCACCCGCUCAAGUACCACACAGUCUCCUACCCAGCCCGCACCAGAAAAGUCAUUGUAAGUGUUUACAUCACCUGCUUCCUGACCAGCAUCCCCUACUACUGGUGGCCCAAUAUCUGGACUGAAGACUACAUAAGUACCUCUGUGCAUCAUGUCCUUAUCUGGAUUCACUGUUUCACUGUGUACUUGGUGCCCUGCUCUAUCUUCUUCAUCUUGAACUCAAUCAUUGUGUACAAACUCAGGAGGAAAAGCAAUUUUCGCCUUCGUGGCUACUCCACAGGGAAAACUACUGCCAUCUUGUUCACCAUUACCUCCAUCUUUGCCACACUCUGGGCCCCCCGCAUCAUCAUGAUUCUCUACCACCUCUAUGGUGCGCCCAUCCAAAACCGCUGGCUGGUGCACAUCAUGUCCGACAUUGCCAACAUGCUGGCCCUUCUGAACACAGCCAUCAACUUCUUCCUCUACUGCUUCAUCAGCAAGAGGUUCCGCACGAUGGCAGCUGCCACGCUCAAGGCCUUCUUCAAGUGCCAGAAGCAACCUGUACAGUUUUACACCAACCAUAACUUUUCCAUAACAAGUAGCCCCUGGAUCUCGCCGGCCAACUCACAUUGUAUCAAGAUGUUGGUGUACCAGUACGACAAAAAUGGAAAACCUAUAAAAGUAUCCCCGUGACCCCCUAGGCUUGGCACCUAGUGCCUCUGUCUAAUCUAUUUCCAGAUGGGAGGGUAGCCCACUUAAGAGUGCUAACCUGAUUUCCUGUCUCCAUGGACUGAGCAACUCUCAGACUGGUAGAUGAGAAAAGAUGAAAGAGAAGAAAGAAAAGCAUCAAUCUUCUUUUCAUUUACACAUUUAUUUUCACAAUGUCACUUGACAGAAAAAGUUCCUACCAGUUUGAAGAUGCUUUGGAGGUUGUGUCAUCAUCCUGUGGUCAGUAAGGACACACGGUAAAGAAAUAGUCUAUGACUUUGCCUUGGCACCAUCCACAGCCAUUGGGAACCACUCAUUUAUGUGACACACCAAGCAGCCAGUAGCUGAGUCCACACUCUUCUUCCAAGAGCUGAGGUCAACCAUCGCUUUCCUGUGCCAUCCCCAGCAGCUAACAAUGCUGACCAAUUUGGGAUUUUUCCAAGGUGCCCUUUGUCCUAGAGAAGGUUGUGGUCUUAAAGUGACCCUGGAACUCUAAGCUACAGAAUGACACUGUGGGGACAAGGGAGUAUUAAUCCCAUCCAAACUCUGACCAGAGCUUCUUUGGAAAGGCUCCAAACCAACAUAACUAUGACCCUCAAACCUGGGUCUGCAAUGCAGUCUUUCUAUUCGCCAUUAUGUAUAGAUUUUAUCCACGUCCUCCAAAAUAAAGACCCCGCCUGGUGUGGGGGGGAAAAGGAGGAUCUCUUGAGCCCAGAAAAACAAAA